GAAACGUCCGUUUCCGUGUAUUCAUUUUGGCGGGAAAUUCAAACACCCAAGAGACGGUGAUGACCACAAAGGUAGUGAUGAGAGCUUCAGUAAAGAUGUAGAAGUUAACGAAAAUCGAUGUCUGCGGAUAGAAAGUCAAAACCGAGUGCUUCACAAGAGGAUUCUACUCCAGCAAAGAAGCAAUGCAUGGACUUGCAUUUCCAUGACGACUCUUCUGUUUCCAAGUUCACGUGGCCAGAAGAUGGAAGUGAGUCAUCUUCAUGGCAAAUUUGUGAUGCGGAUGCAGGGGAUAAUUCGAAUCCACCAAGUCAUGAUGCCACAAAUCCACCCAGUCGGGGUAACUCAAAUCCACCAAGUUUAGAAUCUACAAAGACAAAUAAUUCUUUGAGUAGUGAAUCCCUGGAUAAAAAGAAAUUGAUUAAAGAUGCAUUCGAACAGCAUUCUUCCAAGUCGACUGCUCCGUUUGUAAUCCCAAAAACUCCAGAAAAUUCUGAAAAUGAUCUUGCAUCAACGAGCACAUUUAGCACAUCAGCAGAAAGUAAUUGUUCUUCACCAAGCACACAACAAUUCGACAGGAGACUGUGCUCUCCUUGCAAAACACCCCAAAAUUCUGAAAACGAUUUCUCAUCAACGGGCUUUUGUAGGACAUCAGCAGAAAAUAAGCGAUCUCCACCAAGUACAGUCACUCAGAAAAACACAAAACAAUCCAACAAUAGAUCGUGUUCUCCUUGCAAAACACCCCAAAAUUCUGAAAACGAUUUCUCAUCAACGAGCUCAUAUAGCUCAUCAGGAGUAAGUAAUUGUUCUUCAACAAGCACGGUCGCUGAAAGUAAUUUCUCAUCGAGCACAACCUUUGAAUGUGACUCUUCUUCAUCAGACACAAGCAUUGCAAGUAGUCAACUUUCUGACAGCACUAUCUCACAGAAUUCUCAGGAUGGCCUGUCUGAAGGCAUAAAAUCUAAAAAUUCUGUCGGCUCGACAAAUAGACCAGUUCCAAUAAAACAAACACGCCUAACCGAUUCAAGUGAUAGUAAUUCGUGUGAAAGUGAUUCAUCCCUUGAUCAAGAUAUACAAGUAAAACAAAACGUAAAAAGAAAGUCUAAUUCUCCUGCAAUUAAAGGACAAGAUACAAAGGUUCCAGAAAAAAUGCAUGAUAACCACGACAAAGAAGUAACAAACAAUUUUAAAAAUGUGAAAGGUAACAAAACUAAAGAAGAGAAUCAAUCAAAAAGCAACGAGGAAGAUAAAUUGAGUGAUGACGAAGAUGACGUCAGUAAUUAUUCCGUUGAAGAUGAGGAGUAUUAUUGCAACAGCUCUUAUUCUGGUAGUGGUAGCGAAUAUGAAGUUUCGGAUAAGUCAGUACAAUGUAAUGGCAUAUCUCCCCUUCAUAUCAAGGCAAAGGUUGAUAGACAAGCGUUUGUAAUGAAAAUCAUGAAAGCGUUCAAAUGCAACUCUCUGUAUGACUCGUUUUGCUUUACUUUGCCUCGGUCAAAGGAUGCUAUGGAUGGAUACAAUAUGACAGUCAAUGGAAUACUUAGUUUGGCCGAUCAGUGUAGGUUUGGUCUAAUCGAGUCGACCUCAAUGAACUUUCCAAGUAAAGAAUCCAUAGAUUUCGCAGAAGGAGUUGUAGAAGAUAUGAGGAAGAGAUAUAAGGAUUUGUGUGGAGAAGGAGAAAAUAGUAACAGUGAUUCCCACCAUUCUUCAGAAGAAAGCACAAGUAGUAUUUUGGAGAAGGAAGUGGACAAUGAUCUCCCUCAUAAUAUUAUAUUCAUGGUUUCCGAUGGAAUCAAAGACAUUGUGUCGACAUGGAGUGGACAAUUCCAGGUCUCUACAAAUCCAGUCACAUACAUUAUGUCGCUCCGAAUGUUCGAUUAUAAGCCUUCAUUUUCAAACAAUAUUCGACCAGUUUUCGGUCAGAAACCGGAUUUGACAGAUGAAUUGUGUAAAGAUAUAGUCGAUGAAAUGGAAAAGUUCGAAUGUUCGAGACAAUUGCGAUUGGAUGUAGACUUCCGAACUUUUGAAAGUCUUACAUUUUUCAAGUGUUCCGAAAACGAAGCAAUGCUACUUAUAAACGUAAAAAGUCCAGCUACAUUUUGCCAAAGACUCGUAAAUAGCAGCGCCAUAGACAGAAACGAUUGGCAACCAAGAGACAAUUUUCUCCCUUUUGAGCAUGGAUGUUAUCAGGAUUACGUUUUGGUUCUAGGGGGCGUAGUCUCUGAAAUUUCAAGUAUAGCAGCACAGAUAACUGUAGCAUGUCCAAGCGUUAAAAUUUUAAACAAAGAUAUAAACGAGUUUUUGCUCUAUCAUAUCUCGGUCGAUUCCUUGGGAAAAUAUAGAAAUUUAGAAACUAACGACAGACGCAAAAAAUCAACAAAUUUGUCUGUUGAUCGUCGAAAUAACAUCAUAGAUGUUUUGGAAACAAAUCAUCUUCUUUCAAAAGACAAAUGUGAAGAACUAAGAACAAAUAUAACAAUAACAGAAAUGAAUUCCAGAAUAAGUUCCGAAUGUAAUUGUCUUGAUGGUACGGACUUCCAUCCAUGUUUCACUGAUUACUUAAACUACAGAUGUUUAGAUGUUAGUGAACUGGAGCAUCAACUCUCAAGAAGAUGUAAUAUCUCAGAGAAAAUGGCCGAUGCCAGACUUUCGGAUUACAAUCCUGAUUCCCAGAACAUGAGCGUAGCAGAAUACCUGGCUUUAAAUUCAAAUUCAAAUUUUUAUUAUUCUUUCUGUAGCUCAGAAAUUGUUCCCAACGACACGUGGCAUUGUAAAGUAUGUGGCAAAUGCAACCAAGAAAACGAAUGGCACUGCCCAAAAUGUGACAAAUGUUCAAAAGCACAACCAGCAUGUCAGCACUGUGGAUAUGCUGGAUAUACGUAUAUAAUUAAACCAGGCUCAGUGGAUGAAUCCAUGGCGCCAAAAUAUGAUUGGAAAAUCAACUUGAGUACGACAGAUGUCCCUGAUUGGUCUGUUACUCUCGAUCAUUCAACCGAAAAAGCCUCAUUCGACAUGGACGAUUUCAUGCAGGAUGAGUUUGGAUUGAUCGAUCCUAUGGCAUUUUUGUUGGGUUCUGAGGCUAGAGGAGGCGGGAAAAGACAAGGUCGUCGACUACAAAAGUAUGAGAAAAAGAUUGAAGGAAAUCCUAAAAUGUUAGCGGCAGCAGGAUGUAUAUUGCAAUAAAAUAUAAUAAAAAUCAGAA